AUGGCCAGAACGGAUCCUCCUGCCCCGCGCUGGAAAUCCUUGAGUCUCCCCUUCCAGCUUCCCACUUGGCUCGCUAUGCUGGUCGGCCUCCUGAUCGCCGGGCCCGUUCUCUUUGCGCUCGCCAAGGCCAACACUAACUGGGUCGGCGGCGAAGUGAAGCUCCUGCAAACCAUGAGCUUCUCGUUCCUCUACGUCUUCGGCAUGCACUUCCGCGAACCCCAGCAGCUGAUGCCCCAAAGUACCACCACCAGGAUCUUCAUCAUGUUCCUGUGGCUGUACACGAUCAUCCUCACCACCGCCUACAACUCCAACCUGACGGCCUUCCUGACGGUUGUCCAGGCGCCCUCGAGUAUGGAGACGGUCAAGGAGCUCCACGGGUCCGGCGCGGAGGUCUCGGGUCUUGGCGGUUUCUUCAAGGGGGCGCUGGCGUCUGCGGUCGACCCUUAUCUGCAGGUGAUGGGGGAGUACGGGGAUGUCUACCCCCGCUUUGAUAGCCUCCGAGCUAGUACAGUAGUAACUUGUAAGCGUCUCAUACGAGGGGUCGGGGGUUUGCGUCCCAGUCAAGCGAACAGGUUCAACUGGCGCUUGGAGGCCUUGGCAGAGAGAUUCAAGGCCUAUAACGAGCUGAACGUUGUCUGGCCGAACGUUCAGAGCGGCGAUUCCGUCUAUCUGCAUAACAGACAGUUUCUCGAAUUCGUCAUCACAACGCAGUUUACGAGGAAGGGUGUCUCUUCCAUGAGAAUUAUGAAGGAAUGCUUCGCUCCGUACAACAUCGCCAUGGCCCUCCAACGCCACUCGCCCCUCAAGAGGAAGUUCGACAAAGCCAUCAGGUGGAUGUUGGAGAGCGGCCUCAUCAGGAGGUGGUUCCUCGAGUCGCUGAGGCUGUCCAGGAAGGCCAGGGAACAGAAGGACGCGCCAGAAGCGACGAGUGCGGACGGCGAGGCGGAACCGAGCUCUUCGUCGGGAGUAAUUCCCCUCAGUAUAGACCACAUGCAGGGCGCCUUCCUCGUCAUCGUCUUCGGCAACGUCUUCGCCUUGUUGGUGUUCCUCGUCGAGAGCUGCUGCAGGAAGGGCAACAUCCUACAUGACUAG